CCCUCUUUCUGUUCCGCUCUAGAGAUAUAAUCGCAGAGUUGACCCAGAAAGCGAUCUCCCGUAUCAGGGACCGGAGCAGAGAGAACCAGCAGCGCGCGUGCCUGGAAUACCACGAAAACGCAAGGACACUCUUCAGAACGGAAGAGCGCUAUUACACUGCAUCACUUCCAAACCAUGGCUGAUCACAUGAUGAUGCCCAUGAGUCAUGGGUUCCGCAUGGGCAUGAACAAUCACCCUCAGCAUAUGGGCCAGCCGGGCAUGCGUACCCUCCCGAACGGCCAGCUGAUGCACUACAACAGAGGGCCACAAGGUUCCUUGGAGGCGGCAAUGAGGCAGCGGGCCGGCAUGGGGCCAAUGAUGAACGGGCAGAUGGGGAACGGGCAUCAUAGUCAGAUGCAAACGGGUAAUAUGAUGUACGCAGGAGCGACCCAGCAGCCGGGGCCACAGCACCCUCAAGCUCAACAUCACAUGCAUCCACAGAGCCAACCACCUCAGCAGCAGCAUCAGCAGCAGUACAUGAGCGGAGGGGGUCUAAGCACAUCUCAGCAGCUGAUGGCCAGCAUGCACCUUCAGAAACUCAACACCCAGUACCACGGGCUUCCUCUCGGCCCCGGGAACGGACACCACAUGGGACCCGGUGGUCCGUACAGGAUGGCUCCAAACCAACUGGCAGGCAUGCAGAUGGGGAUGGGUGGCCCAACGUUGGGCCUCAAUGUCAUGGAUACAGACUUGAUUGACGAGGAAGUCCUCACAUCUCUUGUGCUGGAACUGGGCUUGGACAGGGUGCAAGAGCUACCUGAACUUUCACUGGGUCAGAACGAGUUUGACUUCUUCUCAGACUUUGUGUGCAAGCAGCAGCCCAACACUGUCAGCUGCUGAGCAGCCAAUUAGAGGUGGUUUCACUUCGUAUCUGUUCCAGUCAGUUGGUUGGUUGCUUGUAUAAAUUCUGAGGAUUUUUUGCAAGGGAAGCCAGUUUUACUGGUCUGAAGUGAGAGUGACUUUGUCUGUAAAGUUAUGCUAUAUAUACACACACACCGUAGUACACUCUGGCCUGACCUAUUUGUUGGCAAAUGAAAAGAAAGAAGGGAGGUUCUCUCUGAAUGAUCACUGCUCUUUUAAGAGCUGAACUCUGCGAUUGACCUUUUUGUAAGUGUGUUUUUGUAUCAGUCCCCUGGGGUGACGAUGUAGCUCAGUCGGACCAGGGUUGAAUGUGACUUCACUUCAUCAGCCCUGAUUAGAACAAUACAUAUAGCCUGCUUUGCCUCCCCUGGGGGCUUCACUGGCAUUUAGAAAUAUAUUUAUAAUAGUCACCAAAAACUGGACAUUUAUUGAGAUCAUAUGACAAUUCUGCUUUAUAUCAAACAAGCUCCCAGAGGCUUGUUAUGCGAAGAACAGUUUGAGUGAGUAUUUUUUGUGUAUUGAAGGCUGGUACUUCAACACAGACUCCCGAUUAUUUCUUCAUCGCUCUAAAGCUAAUGUUUAAGGUCCUAGGAUUGGUGACACGCUGGGGCUGGUUUUAUAUAUAUAUAUAUAUAUAUAUAUAUAUAUAUACAUAUAUAUAUAUAUAUAUAUACAUAUAUAUAUAUAUAUAUAUAUACAUAUAUAUGUGUCAUUUUGCACAGUGUCGUCUUACACUGUUCAGUUUCUCUCUGAAAUCUGUUGAAUUCAUCCAGACACUCACCAUUAGCAUAAGCAUCCCCUUUUAUUUUUUUAUUUUUAUCACAGUUGACGUAGUUUGAAUGCUCAUAAUGUUUCUAGUACUUCAACUGAAUUAAACCAAAUCAACUGGCUGGCACUUAAGUGUCAACCGUUCACUGUAGGCUGUCUCUUUAUGCUUCUAGAGAUAGCGAGAAACAGCUUGGAAAGCACUGGAAUGUCUUAUUAGCUUCUGUCGCUAACUGCUGAGCCUGCUCCCUGCUGGUUUGUCAAAGCUCCAGGACUGCCUUAAACAAGCAGCAUUACUUUCUCAACACCAACAACGAACGAUACAGAUACCAAUAGUUUUGCCGAAGUGGAAAAUACGGGGGCUUCGCUCGUAGUUUUAGGAAAAAGUGGAACUAGAAACGUUGCGCAUCAUAGUUCCACCGAGAGGUAGCGUCAUUUGCAUCUGACGUCCACUUCUCUAUCGGAAAUGUACGUAGUGCUCAUAUGUGGUCAGUAGAUGUUUUUAGAAUGUCACUAUACUGUGAAUAACUUGAGUUUGACAAUACAGUGCCACUGUGUAAUGUCCCUUAAACCACAUAUUGCUCAGUGAUAUCUUGUAGCAAGCCGCUAAGUAGAUAAGGACAGCGUUGUAUUCUAUGGCAAUACCUUGUUUUUUUUUGUUUUUUUUUGCCACCUGUUUAAAUGUACCCCCGAAUGUUCAGUCAUUGUUUCACCACGUGCAUUGUUGUCCUCAUUACAGGUUUUCAUACCCUCAUGGUAGCACUAUACCAUGUCUCUCAGUAUAUAAGCUUACAUUGCAGGUUCACCACUGAUUUUAUGCACAAACACACACACACACACACACACACUCUUCUUCUUAAUUGAGGUCAGUGGACCCAGUCCCUCAAGUGGCCUCAUAAUUACAAAAUGGAAAUAAUGAAUUAAUUUCUACAUUAUUGCUUUGUUAGUAAGUUGUAUCCGAAGAAUGCAGUUCCUUCCCCCGGCCCUUCCCUGUGGUGAGGUUAUGGUAUUUGCUUAUCUCAGCUGGGCUUUGUAUAGGAAUAGCAAAGCUGUUUAAUGUCGAAAGUAGUUCUGUUUCUCUAAAACUGUGCUCCACUCCCUUCUUAACCCACCCAGCUCAUGGGAAUAUGCCUGAGCCACAUCCUAGUCUGGGAUAACAAAACUGGGAACUCAAGGAUACACAAGGCCAAAAUAUCUGUCGGACCGUAUCCUGUUUUUCAUAUAUUACUGAACAUUAUUCAAGGUCAACACUGAUAAAAAAAAAUCGACGGUUGAGUUAAGGACAAGUCGUGUUUAAUGUCCAUGUCCAUUAUGGCCGAUGUUCAAUUCCUUAUACUGUAGCACACUAGUGAAGCUGCACCAUUGGUGAGCAAUAUUUGUAUUAAACUCGGCCAUUGUGUGAUGGGAACUUUUUGCAGGUCUGCGCUGCGUACGUCCAAGUGUUCACUUUGUGUACCUUAAACAUUCGCCUUCCCUUACGCCUCUGUCUAGACUGCCGGCUUCCUCCAGACAUAUGAUUAUACGUUGUAUGAGUGGCAUUGUACAUGGACCCCUUGGCUUGAUUUCUUUGGCUUUGUUUCUCUCCAUAACCUCACUCCCAGAAAUGCUUUUUAAAAAUGUCGUUGAUUCUAUCUUAAGAAAAUGUAUUUAUUUUCACUGAUAAUAAAAUAUUUAUUUAAUGAAG